GAGGUUAACCCGAAUAACGUUCGAAUGAUAGCAGAGGUAAAAGAAGAGCACAUUACAUGUGAAUCAAAAAGCUUCCGAACGAGAAAACUCAAAUUUUUAGUAGACACAGGAGCACAAAAGAAUAUAAUUAAAAUAUCAGCAUUGGACGGGCGAGUUAUCAUUAACGAAAGUGACAAGCGAAACAUAAAAGGAAUAAAUAAAAUACCUAUUAGCACGUUUGGCACAGCGCGAGUUUCUAUUAGUAUUCAGGGGGCCACACGAGUCAUAAAAUUCGACAUUGUAAACGACGAUUUUGAUAUUCCGGAAGCUGAAAUAAUAGGGCGAUCAUUUUUAAAAGAGAAUCGGGUACAUUGGAAUUUUGAAGAGGAUAUUUUAUCGAUACCCGAAGACAAUAAGACAAAAUUGUAGGAAGCAUUGUGAAUAUAUCCGAGCAACCUUACGUCAUUGACGAAUUGACAACACUUAAUAUUCAGUGGGAGCCAUAUCAGGACAACGUGCGUGUUGUCACGUCCGAGGCGGACGAGACUAGACUAAGACGAUUAAAG